AUGGGUGGACUCAAGGGCAAAACUUCUGGGCUCCAAAACGCCAGUAAUCCUCCGGAUACUAGACAUAAAGGCCGUGGAGACUCCCGACGUCCAGAUGAUAGAUCUCACAGAUCUGGAAGCGCCCAUCAUUUCUUCUCACUGGACUAUGGAGAUUCACAAAGCAACCCUCCACAAUCCUCCGAGACUUUAGGGCAGACAGAAACUUCCACCACUGGUCGAAAGCGACCGCACCCCGAGGACGACGAGUCUAACUCGAAGUCCCUUGAAGCGUCUUCAAAGAAGGCAAAGAUCGCAUACAACACUAAAGAUAGCGGUCUAGAGCUCUAUGAGGGCCACCCAACUCCAGCCAAGCUAUCCCCGCCCAGCCAGAACGAAGAGCCAAACGGAAGCGCUAUUGGAUCGACGAGAAGCUUUUCCGAAGCAGACAAAGAAGCGGAAAACGCCAGGAAAAAAGAGGCUGCAGCGAAGAAGGAGCGAGAAGAGGCGGAGAGGAAGUUCCACGAGAGAGAGAUUGAAUGUGACAGGCUCUUAGAGUCUCCAAGGUCCUCUCCUACUCUUCCUGCGCCGAUCAGUGGUCAAAAUUUUACUCCCAGGCCUGCACAGCCACAGACACCUUCUCAAAGUCAAAGUCUGGCCGGGUCAGAGGACGGUGAGAUAAUCGAAUUUGUUCUAGAGACUGGCACAUUAGCUUCAAGUGGAACUCCACAAGCUUUCCGAAAACCCGUCAGGUCUCAACAGCCUCCGGCAGCCUCCAAUCGUGCCAAUGCAACCCGAAGCUCCGGAACUACGACCAAAGGCUCCAAGGACGUUCAAAUGAUGGCAUAGAAUGACUCGGCUCAUUCCCGGACGGAUACCCUGGCUAGCAAUGCGCCGCUGAUGCCCCGUGGGGAAGAUAUGUCUAUGCGAAAUGUGGUACAUCAAGUAGAUUAUACACCAGUACGCCCAGUCCACACGCCGCACUUACGAAGGCCACUACCUCCCGAUGAAAGCUGCCCGAAACGUCAGAAUAUAGAUGACGUCAAAGGGAAAGGAACGAAGGCUGGGG